AUGAAGCCCAUGAUGACGGUGGACACGUGUCGAGUGGUUUCUUCGAUAGAUUGGUUCACUACGAGACGAUCUUUCACAACGGCAGUAUUUUGCAAGGGCUUGGUUCCGGGACUGCUGAGUGAGACUUUUCUGGAAGCACACCAGAUCGUCUGUCUGAACAAGUCCGAGGAUGGCGAGACGACUUACAAGCUGACUAUCACGAGCUACCACGAAAAGCAGCCGCUAUCACGAAUCAAAACACUGGACAUGGUUGAACCAUACAAGCUAUUGACCUACACGUUCCAACUCAGUCGUUCUGGGGUCAACGUGCUCGUACCAAGCCCGCAGAUGCUGCCUCCGUGGCAAACACCUUUUCUGUCCUUCACAAUUCAUUUGUGGAUUGCUGUAUCGGUGGUAUUUUGCAUUGGAGUCGGUUCGGUUUGGCUGGUGGAAAAAAUCCGUAACAAAAUUUUCACCCAAAGCAACAGAAGAUCAAAAACAUUCAGCGAAUCAGUGCUCACUAUAAUCGGAUUCUUUAUGGAACAAAAUGCUUCCAUGCACAACGAUUUGAUAGCUUGCAUCUUUCUGUACACAUCAUUACUUUUCGCGGGAUACAUGGUUAGUAACAUGUACGGAGCUGGACUAGCCUGUGUGAUGACAAUUCCCCUGUACGAAAAGUCCAUCGAAACCCCCAAAGACCUAGCGGACAGUGGUAUGCUUUGGGGAGCUGAAGUGGUAGCCUGGGUGAACUCAUUUACGUUAGCCAGCGAAUCCUACCUGCAAACACUGGUAAAGAACUACCGCGUAGAAGAUCUGGACCACCUGAAACAACUAGCAAAAACUCGCGACUUUGGUUUCGUUGGAGAACACAGCGAGUUUGGACACUUUGUACCGACGGAAUUUCUCGACGAGCAAACUUCCAGCGAAAAAAGACUACUUUCGAAAGAUCUGCUCUGGCAAAGCUGUACCGCGUAUGUGUCCAAGACGUUCCCCUUCAAGUCACAGCUCAACGACCUCAUCAUGGACAUCCGUCAGUCGGGCGUCCAACACUACUGGGAACUUCGGGCAGUGAACAGAUAUCUGGGUACAAACCUCCAGCGGAACAUUCUGAGGGGACAUCUUUCCGGCACGGACAGUGAAGCUGAAAUCCUAACUGUGUCACAUUUUCUUGGUGCAUUUUUCCUCCUUACUUUAGGUCCAUUGAUAUCAAAAUAA